AUGACAACGGAACAAGAAAAGAACAAACGGCUCAUGCGAGAGCUUCUAGAGAGACCUGGCAACGAUAUCUGCGUUGAUUGCGGCGCUCCAGAUCCAGAAUGGGCUUCUUUCACCUUGGGCGUUUUCAUGUGUCACAGCUGCUCAGGAAUGCACCGUAACAUCCCUCAGAUCAGCCGUGUCAAGUCUGUGCUGCUGGAUCCCUGGGAGACCACGGAGGUGGAGUUAAUAGCGUCUACCGGCAACAAUGCCGCGAAAGCCAAGUAUGAGCAGAAGGUGCCAGCAUUCUAUUACCGACCCACACAGACGGACUGUCGGCUGCUCCGCGAACAAUGGAUUCGGGCCAGAUACGAGAGAAAUGAGUUUAUUUACGAGGAAAGACAGGAGCCAUAUUCUGCAGGAUACAGAGAGGGGUUUCUAUGGAAACGUGGACGAGACAACGGACAGUUCCUCAGUCGAAAAUUUAUUCUGUCUGAAAGGGAGGGAGCUCUGAAAUAUUUCAACAAGCAUGACGCAAGAGAACCCAAGGCCAUAAUGAAGAUACAGACCAUCAAUGCAACCUUCCAGCCGGAUAAAAUCGGAAAUCCGCACGGACUACAGAUAACUUAUCUGAAAGACAACAGCACUAGAAACAUUUUUGUUUACCAUGAGGAUGGCAAGGAAAUGGUGGACUGGUUCAACGCCAUACGUGCUGCCCGUUUUCAUUACUUACAGGUGGCUUUCCCAGGCGCACAUGACGCGGAUUUGGUGCCAAAACUGACCAGAAGCUACAUUAAGGAAGGCUACAUGGAGAAGACAGGACCAAAGCACACAGAGGGCUUUAAGAAACGCUGGUUCACUAUGGAUGACAGGAGACUCAUGUACUUUAAAGACCCCUUGGAUGCCUAUGCUCGAGGGGAGGUGUUCAUUGGGAGUAAGGAUAACAGCUACACUGUUUUGUCAGGCCUCCCACCCUCUACUCAGGGCUACCACUGGCAGUUUGGCAUCACCAUAGUUACACCAGACAGAAAGUUCCUGUUUGCCUGUGAGACGGAGGAGGAUCAGAAAGACUGGAUAGCUGCAUUUCAGAGCGUCAUAAACCGACCGAUGUUGCCUCAGGAAUAUGCAGUGGAGGCACACUUCAAGCACAAGCCCUGA